UGCGUGUGCUCGCCUGAUCGCCUCCCUCCCUCCCCCGCGCACUAGCUCCCCAGUUCCCCAGGUAGCCGUCCCCUGCACGGCUGCACCUGCCCGCUCCCAUCCGGCCACCCUCCAUCUCUUGUCGUCAGCCACCUCCGCCGGCCGCCGCGGACCAUCUGGCUGGGGAUCAAGAUCCGUCGAGGCCGAGGAACAUUAAUUUGGGUAUGGUGGCUGACACAGAAAGCUCAGAUUCACUUCCUGGAAGUUCAAAUGCUGCUGUCGAGACGCCUAUUCAUGGGUCUCUUGAUCAAAGAUCUCAGGAAAAGGCUCCAAAGAAAACUCAUAAGGCUGAACGAGAGAAGCUCAAGCGUGAUCAGUUGAAUGAACUUUUUCUUGAGCUCGGCAGUAUGCUAGAUCUUGAUCGACAAAAUACAGGAAAAGCUACAGUAGUAGGUGAUGCUGCGCGAGUACUGCGAGACCUGGUCACUCAAGUAGAAUCUCUCGGAAAGGAACAAUCUGCUCUCCUAUCGGAACGUCAAUAUGUCAGUUCAGAAAAGAACGAGUUGCAAGAGGAGAAUGCUACACUCAAAUCCCAAAUAUCAGAACUAGCAAAAGAGCUCUGUGCAAGGAUGGGGAAUAGCAGCAUUGGGAUGUCACAUCCAGUGGCGAACGCAAGAAGUCCUGAUUUGGCGACUCACCUCAUGCCACAUCAGAUGUGGAGCAGCAUUCCUAAUAUAAGCUCUGUGGCCAUGGCACACCAAACGAAUACAGUAUCACCACUGCACACUCAGCUUCACUCUACCAAUGAUGUUCAAGUUUAUGCAUCACAGCCUCAGGAGCUGCAGCUCUUUCCAGGGGCGUUGUCGUCACCAGAGCGUGAAUGUUCCUACCUCAGACGUGCAGGAAUCACCUCUUCAAGCCUGACCGAUUCAUUGCCAGGUCAGCUUUGCUUAAGCCUUACACAAUCAUCUCAAGAAGAAAGCAGCAGUGAUGUAUUGAACAGCAGAAAAGAACGGCGAAACGGUUAGCAGAUUGCUGAUGCUGGAAUCAGUAUUUGGCGGUAGUGAUUGUCCUGUAAAUACCGAGAAUCCCCUCCCUUUACUGAUUCAGAACUAAUGUUAUAGGUGGCCAGUUCUGAACUGUGACUCUGUUUGUAGCGCUUGUUCUGCAAACUCCCUAGUCAUGUCAGCCUUUAGUUCUGAUGCUGAUCAAACUGAUUCGGACUUGAUGUUAAUAGUUACUCUAUACUGAACUAUGACUACUGAACUGUGACUGGUGCUUGCUUUGCAAAUUCCCAGCCAUAUUUGGCCAUACUUCUGAUA